AUGUUUCUGAUAUUAUACUUUGGAACUUGUACUAAGGCCCGAGAGUAUGAACUUCAAUACAUACUCCAGGAUAAAGGUGUUCUUCUUACAACAUACGAUAUUGUUCGCAAUAAUUCUAAAUCAUUACGGGGGAAUUAUCUAUCUGAUGAUGAGGAAAAUGAAGGUCCCAUAUGGGAUUAUAUGAUACUUGAUGAGGGCCAUCUUAUAAAGAAUCCCAGCACACAAAGAGCUAAAAGUUUGCUACAGAUACCAAGUGCCCAUCGCAUAAUCAUCAGUGGCACGCCAUUGCAAAAUAAUCUUAAGGAGCUGUGGGCCUUGUAUUUCUGCUGCCCUGAGUUGCUGGGUGAUAAGCAAUG